AUGCCUGAAGACGGGGAAAAAAUGACUGCGACAUCCAACAACAGCGGGAUCUUCACCCCCGGUGUGAUGCUGCGGGUGCAGUACGCCUGUUACCUCCUCGUUGGCCUUAUCGCCACGAUGCUCCUUCGCAGCUCUCUUGCGGGUGUCUUCAGUCAUGUUCCCAUCCUUCAAAAGGGGUGCAACUUCGCCACCAGCGCCUCAAGUGACCUCUGCACUGGGGAGGUGCUCGUCUACCGCGUCAGCUUCGCGCUGGCGGUGUUUUUCUUUCUGCACCUGCUGUCCGUCUCUGACCUUACGUGUUGCAUCUCUAGCGAGGCCCGGGCGGAGUUUCAGAGGCGCUUCUUUUACGCAAAAACAAUUCUCGUCGUGGGGUUGUUAGCCGCCACUUUUUGGAUCCCAAAUCAUUUUUUUGGGGUCUAUGCGUACGCCUGCCUCUUUGCCUCCGCGUUUUUCCUCCUCCUGAACGUCGUCUUCCUUGUGGAUUUCAGUUAUCAGUGGAGCGAGGACUGGGGACGCCGGAGCGAAGUGGCCCCCAAGUGGAUGUGGUACCUGCUGGGCUUAGCAGUCUUGACCUACUUGGGGGGCGUUGGCGUGAACAUUGCCGCGUUUGUUAUGUACGUCCCGCACUCGGACUGCAACUUCAAUGCAUUUGCAAUCACCAGUGUGCUUGUGGGCGCUCUCUUUUUCACCGUCUUGUCUAUUUGGGUUCCACACGGCUCGAUUGUUCCCAGUGGCAUCGUAUUUUUGUACACCAGCUGUGUCAUGUUUGCUACCCUUCGUACUGGCACGGAUGCGCAGUGCAACCGUCUUGCUGUGCCCGAGGGCCAGACGGGCUCGGUGACGCAAAUGAUCCUUGCAAGCGUCGUCAGCAGUUUUGCACUCGGCUACAGUGCUGUGUCUUCUGGAGGUAACAGCAGCGCGCUUGGCAUCGGCCGUAACGAGGAGGGUGAGGAGGAGGAUCCGGACGAGAUUGGACACUUGAGUCAAUACAUAUUCUUCUACGCCACGAUGAUGUUGGGCUCGAUGUACCUUGCGAUGCUGGCAACCGGUUGGCACGUGAGCGGCAUGGGCAAGGACACCCUGCUGGGAAGCAUUAACAUUGCCUUUUGGGUGCGCAGUGCGACAGUGUGGGCGGCGGCACUGCUGUACAUCUGGUCUCUCCUGGCACCGUACUUCUGCUGUAGAGACCGCGACUUCGGCUACGACGUGGAUGACUGGUGA